AUGUCUUGUUGUGUACCAAACUGUCCUUUUCGUGAUAAAUAUUUAAAAAAUAUUAGUUUCUGUGUCCCACAAGACCUUAAUGCACGGUCCACAUGGGAGAGAGUCUUAGGAAUUAAUUUCGAUAAUAAUUCUCGAGUUUGUCGCCAACACUUCAGUGACAUUGAUAUUAUAGAAACAUGUGUUCCUGGAGUAGAGAAUGAUAAAUAUCCUAUGUGCUUGAAUAAACCUAUGCUUCGUGAUGAAGCCAUUCCUAUACAGGUUAGAGAAAUGGAUCGUUACAAUGAUGGAUCAAUAAUUUUAAAUGACAAAACUAAUAUUUCAAACAAUAUUGGUACUAGCUGUCGUGGAGAUGUACAUGAUUUACUAUCUUCUAUAAACGGUGAUCAUUGUUACACUACAAUACAGAUACAGGAACACAAAGUAGCUGAAGUAAAUCAAGUUUUUGGUGCUGGUACAAUGAAUGGUCUAAAAAGAGAUGCAGCAUUAUUCAAUGUUGAAUUAACAUCCUCAAUAUCUAAAAGAAUAAAGCCGUCAAAAACAUGGUGGUAG